AUGCCUCAACGCAAAGACGUCAGUCGCUGCAUCGACGCCGCCCUCAAGGCCUGCAACGGGGAGGCUAAGAAAAGCCAGAUCCUUCGGGUGGCUCUGGCGCAUUCCUGGGACCGGUGCGUGGAGUCUUUCGGUCCCGAUGCCAAGAAGGCAGUGACGAUCCGGCUGGCGUACUUGGAGAACCGGAAGUCUCUGCACGCCUUUGCCCCGGAGAAGGUGACGAAGGAGGUGACCACAAAGCUGCAGCAGAGGCUCGAAAAGCUGGCGGGGCCUGACCUGGCCAACAUCAAGGCCCGAGUUUCGAUGACCAGCCAGCCUCGUCGUCCUGAUGUCCAGAGCUUGGGGGGAUGGAAAGCUGAUGACUGGGCCAGGCAGUUGAAGGAGUUGUUGGGCGCCCGGCUCGACUUCUCCGCGAGGCCCCUCAAGCUCGCCACUGGCUGCUCAGGCGCCGAAGCACCUCACUUUGCUCUGCGCAUGCUUGUGGGUCGCGAAGGUUUCGAGCAAUUGUUCGGUUCCGACAUCAACGAGACUCCACGCCGUUUCAUGCUGAAGAACUGUCAUGGGCAAAAGCAUCUUUUUGAAGAUGUCAAGCACGUCAUGGACGGUCGCGGCUCCUGCGCCCGUCACGGUGGCUUCUGCCCCGUCCCGAAGGAGGACGUGGACAUCUUCAUCGGCGGGUUUCCUUGCACUCCGUAUUCUUUCUGCAACCCGAAGAGGUUCAAGCGAAACUGCUUCACGGAACCGGCAGCCGCGCCGUUCUUCGAGAUGCGGAAGUUCAUCGCUGCGAGGCGACCGCGCCUGGUGAUCCUGGAGAACGUCCGGGGCCUCCUGGCGCCGAAUCCGGAGACCAAAGACACUCCCAUGGACUUCAUCCUCCGUGGCAAGAACCCAGAGGACCCGGAGCACUGCUACCAGGGGACCGAGCCCGGUGCACAGUGGGGUCUCAGUCUCAUCGAGGGCUACGGGCUCCACUGGGACCUCCUCUACUCCUGCGACUGGGGCCUGCCUCAGAGGCGUCCACGAGUCUACAUCGUGAUGGUAAGGGAGGAUGCCGGAGGGCAAAAAGCUGCAGACCGCAUCUUCGAGGUGCUCCAUGCGUGCGCAGGUCAUCUCCCCUGUGGCUCCUGCAACGACUUCCUGUAUCCCGAGGGCCACCUGCGGCUGAACAAAGCGAUGCAGCUGGCGAAAGGAGGCAGUGACAGCGAGCGUAAGCCUUGCACGCCCUUCACAGAGGCUUUGUUCAAGGCCACGCGCCAGGAGCAUGGUCUCGAUCCUUCGGAGCGUCCUUACACGAAUCGGCGGCCGAGGGGCUGGUAUCCCGAGGCGACGGAGAAGAUGGUCCAGCAGCUUGACAUCAUCCACGCCCUUGCGGAAAAGAGGGCCCUGGACUUCAAGUUCCUCUUGGCGGAUCUUAGCCAGCAGGUUUCGCGGGGCUGCUGGAGAGACGAUGGCUACGUCCCAACCCUGACGACGGCCGGUUCUCUCUACAGCUUCCAUCACCACCGCCCCAUUCUGGGUGAGGAGUGCAUGAGACUGAAUGGCUUCCCGGUGGAGGACCUGGAUUUAGAAGGAUUUACCGACAACGAGCUGAAGUUCUUGGCGGGCAACGCCAUGUCGGUGUCCGUGGUGGGCGCGGUGCUCCUCGCCGGCCUCGUCUCGGUUUCAUGGGGAGAGAAGAGGUCUGCCGCCGCCACGAAGGAGCUUCCAGCUGCCAGAGACAUCGGGCCGAGGUAUCGAAAGAAGGAGGCCGGGGACAAAGAGGUUGUCCUGGCCAGCCUGGCACUCGAUGACGAUGGCUCGGAGACGGAGCUCGACUCCUCGGAGAGCGGCACCUCUGCGAGGGCGGCGAUGCUCUUCCUCAUGGCCAAGGAGUUGCAAGCGGCGAAGAGCGAGAAGGGUGGUGGUUCUUCGGGCACGAAGCGCAAGCGCUCGACUGGGCAAGAAGAGGACGAGGAUCCGCAAAGUUGGGAGGGGCGCCACAAGGCGUUGAGGAAAAAGACGAAGGCCGACAGCCAGGUUUGCUCCUGGGUGCUGGAGGCGGCAAAGCUCUUGGCCAACAUGAGCGUCGAGGAGCAGAAAGCCUCCAGUCAAAGCCUGCAGCUCUUCGUCACUCACUGUCUGCUGCUCCUCCAGAGGGCAUCGCAGGAGGACUUGCUGCGGCUUGACCAGGGCCAGCAGCCCCUCGCUCAAGCGACGGAGUUGCUGAUCGAACGCUUGCGUUUUGCUGAGGCAAAGCCUGUUUGGGGCAGCUUGUGGGCUGGAAAGCUUCGUUUAGCCAUCUCUCAGAAGGAAUUCGAUGACCGGCAGUGUAUCCUGGAGUCGUGGCUCCCGGCAGCGGCAAAGUUGCGGGGCAAAGAACUUUCGGGACAGAGAUUUCAGCUUUUGGAUGCCCUGCUUUCACGGAGCCCGCCACUCCGUCACUUGGCCUUGUUGUUAGAAAGGCUCCUGACACGGUGGUGCAAGGAGGAGAUGUUGAAUGAUGAGCUCAAUGCUAUCUUGGAUGCCUUCGAAGCAUUGAAGGAGGCUUGGGUCAGAUGCCUCCCCGAAAACUGGCAGGCCAUCUGCAGAGCAAGUGCAAGCUGCAGUCAGAUUGCCUCGACAUGCAGAGCGCAACGAAAGCCGCAGACAGCAAAGGAGCUCACCGCCAUCGCCAUCGCCAUCCAGAGCCAGUGCUUUGCUGCCAAAGCCGCGCAGGUCUUGCACUCUUCGACCAGAGCAGGUGACCGCCAAGCCCUCUUAGCCUGGUGCACGGAGCUCGGGAAGCUGCGGUGGGGCAAGGUCGCAUUCCCCGAGUUCUUCAAUCAAGCGGCGUGGAGGUUGUGGCAGCGAUUGCCGCAGCAGGAGACUGAAAUGUUUCCUGUCCAAGUCCCAGACGCGGAUGGCUUUGCGAAGGAUUUGAGUGAUGUGCGGGCAUCCGCUUCGCCGCAGCUCGCCAUUCAGGCUGAUGCGUUCUUGCGUCAUUUUCAUCCUGCUCUGGCCACGCAUGUGCACCUGAUGGAGUGGCGCAUGUCUGGGACGUCCGACUCUGUCGCUGCCAAACGCUGUGUAGACUCUGAGAAGCCUCUCUUCGACCUCAUCAAGCGGAGCUUAACUCAGUUGUGCCUGCAGGCUGGAGCGACAGAGUUGGGUGUCUGGUGCGAGCACUUCGACCGCAUCCUGCAUUGUCUGCGGUGGGUUGCCGUGUAUGUAAACACGGAUCGGACGGCCUUUCUUGAGCAGGCCAUCGGCUGGCGGGCCCAUAUGCGGCCCGAAGUGCCCGAAGAGCCGAUGGUUCAGGAGCCUGAGCCUACCAUCAGCGUAGAGGAAGACGAGAUGGGGGACCCAGCGAUGUCCCGAAAUCCUGCGGCAGUGGAAGUGGAAGAGCUCGACGUCGAGGAAGAGCUCGAUGACUCACCGGAGGAGUCGCAGCUCCAAGGCGAAGAGGGACAAGUUACACAAGGCUUUCAAGAACUCCAAGGGGCUGCUGGCGAGGGUUCCCAGGUGGAGGAGGAGACCGAGCCCGAGUCUCCUCAGGAGCCAUGCCACUCCCCGGCGACCAGGGAAGCCAUCUCUGAGUUCCUCACGGGCUUCGACAAGGGCAGGGGCAAGUUCCGGCAAGAGUACCUGGAGAAGGUGCUGCGUCACUACAGUAGCCUCGAUGAGCUCCAGCGCCUUGUAGACAACACGAAGGAGAAGUUGAAGAAGCUUCCAGACGACUUCUGGGAGAAGAUGGGUCUCGGCGCCGAGUCGCCGAAGGAGACGCAGAAGAGGACGGCGCACCAACUCGUCUUCCUGAGGAAUCUCCAGAAUUUGCCACCUCCUCAUUGCGAAGAGCCUUGA